GGUGCGGCUCAGCGCGAAUUGCAGUAAAUACGGACACAUCAAGCCAGAGGCAUCUCCUGGUUAUUGAGAGAUCGGAAAAGGCGAGAACUCUGCAACAAUGGUAUUCUCUGACAGCGAGAAACAGAUUAUAGAAGAAAUUGGCAACCACAUCAAGGCAAAUGCUGAAGCUUGGGGUGCGGAUGCUUUAGCCAGGUUGUUUGAGCUCCAUCCUUAUACUAGGAUAUAUUUCAAGGAAUUCACUGGCUUCAAAGCCUGUGACCCAUCGGUCAGAAAUCACGGUCGCCUGGUAAUGAAAGCGGUGGCAGAUGCAGCCCAUGACAUGGACCACAUGGGUAAACACCUGGAAGGGCUUGCCUUUCAAUAUGGUGAAGAACUGCAGGUGGAUCCUCAUUGCAUUCGGCUGUUCGUCAAUUGUAUCGUAGUCACCCUGGCCGUUUCCUUGCCUGCGUUCACCCCUGCACACCACCAUGCACUUGAUAAAUUUCUUGAGGUGGUCUGGUAUGAAUUGAGCUCCAAAUGCCGUUAAAGACCCAAUCAACCAACCAUG